CCGGGCGGAGCGGCGCGGCCCCGGCCCGCGGCGGCGGCAGUAGCAGCGCAGGUAUCAUUUCAGAACUCGCCUGAUUCAAAAUGGCUUUGAUUAGCCGAAAAAGCUUCCAGUUGUAUUCAUCCAGCACACCAGCAAGCAGGUGUGCUUUGAUGACCCUAAGCAAAAGGUUGGACUUCGUCCGUGGGCAGCGAAAACCCCAAGACUGUAGCUCCGUGGCCAUGAGGAUGCUGUGUGUCAAAGAUAAAUCUCAGUAUACCUUUUGUAGGAAAAAACAUGUACAAAACAUACAGAUGCAGCCACUUUCUGUUACUGAAGCUGUGCAUCUUUGUGGAGAUAUGAGGAACUGUACUAAAUCAAAUACUGUGUGGAUGGAUGAAGAGUUAUUUUUCAAGAAGUUGAACAACUUUUGUACAUCAAAAGAGAUUUUUUAUUUUCUUAGCUCUCUAGAGGUCAUGUCUGAUAUAAUGGCCUCGGGAGCUCUACAGAAGAUUUCUGAAGUUGAGGUGGAUGAGAAUGGUCUUAAAAACCCUGGACUGUUAGAGAAUGAAGUUUUCAGGGCAUUAUGCUUCCAGUUUGAAUUUGAAUCCUCAAAACUGUCAAACAGGGGGCUGCUGAAUGCAUUGCAGGCUUUGAUAAAGCUACGUAUAGAUCCGCAGAGCACGCUGAUGACAAGUCUGCUUUCGGAGAGCGAGGAGCGGCUUGGCAGGGGACAGCUGACUGCUGAAAAUCUGUGUGCUCUCGGAGAAAGUUUGCUUGAGUUAGAAGGCCCAAGUUGUGCGACGCUGGAACAAAUUGUGAACCACAUGCAAGAAAGAGACAUUAAGAGUUGGAGUCCCAGGGAAAUAGUGGUGGUUUAUAAGAUACUGCAAGUGACUGUGAGGGAAGGGAAACGAUGCCAAAACUUGCUAAACAGACUGAACAGUGUCACUUUGCACACAGUUUCCCAGCUGAGCCCAGACUUUAUAAGUGUAAUACUGAAUUCACUGGUGGUUCUUCGUCAGACUCAAGCAGUUCCCUUAGUCACUGCACUGUGCAAAUAUUCAGUGAAGCAUGUUCCCUAUUUCACAGACCAUGAACUGGCAAAUGUACUGGAAGCUUUCCUAUACUUCGGGCAAAAAGUGCAAAUGUUUACAGAGGCACUGGAAAGACAUGUCCCCAAGUCCAUCUGCACUAUGCAUCCUCAAACAGUCAGCAAGAUCAUGCAGUAUUGCUGCAAAAAGAGGAUCCUUUCAAAGCUCAUCUUUGAUGCAGUGGCAGAAGGUUUCAUUUACAGUGCUGACAGACUGACCACUGACCAGAUUGCUGCAUAUAUUAUCCCAUUUGGGACCCUUAAUUACCUGCCUCCAAGAGCUUCUUCCUUGUUUAGGAAGCUUGAAGCUGUGCUGCAUACCCGCCUGAGGCACUUUCAGCCUCACACCUUGCUGAACCUGCUGUAUUCGUGUGUUCUUAUUCAACGUUAUCCAAUAAAUUUCCUGCCAAAAAUAUUUAGUCCCUAUUUUCUGCAAAAGCUUCAAGCUCAGCCACCUGGUUUGAACAGAGUUGUUAUGUCCCAGCUAACGCAGCUUUUUCUGACUGUCACCCUGGAGUGCCCAUUUUAUGAGGGUCCGAAACUCCUUUCUAAGUACCAAGUAAAGGCCUUUCCCAUGCCUCAGAGUUCUCUUGAUGUUCACCUCUUUAAAAGGGUGAAGACAGGAUUACUUUAUUUACUGAAAAAAAGAAUUUAUUUUGCAUCAGAGGUAUCAACACCAUAUUUCUAUAUAGUUGAUAUUGAGAUUAAAUUAGAUGAAGAAGGUUUUGUAUUGCCUGCGGCCCAACUUGAAGAGGUACACAGACGAAUUGCCCUGUGUGUUGAUGGUCAAAAUAGAUUUUGUGCUCAUAGCCACAAUCUGUUGGGAGAAGAAGCUAUUAAACAGAGACACCUUCAGUUACUUGGUUAUGAAGUUGUGCAGAUUCCAUUUUUUGAGAUAGAAAGUCUACAAAACACCAGAAAAAUAGCAGAUUAUUUACAAAAAAAAAUCUUUCCUUGUACAUACGGACUCAGCAACUGACACUGGAGAAUACUACUGGAUAACAGGCUGACCUUCUAUACUACAAAGCUAAAUUCUGUGCAUGGAAGAAAAAUUAUUUUUUCUAAGUAACUGCACCUCAGAAAAUGUGAGCUUCUGAGUGUGAAACCUUCCAAUAUUUGGAACAUUUGACAUGUAGAUACUAAUAAAGAGAAUCAUAUUUUCUUAA